CACCUCUUCUCCACAUCCUGCUCUCCGUACCCUUUCCAGCACCAGAGUGCAGCCGUCUCACGCUGCUGCACGCCGUCACACGAGCAGCGCACCUGCCGCAUCUCGCAGCUGCAUCUCAGCGCCGCACGCCUGCACGCCGGGGCCCCGCUGCGCCCACAGGGAGCGGCAUCCUCCACCGCGGACGAGUCCGCGCACCCCUUGCGCACGGCCCUGCCUUGCACUUGCACGCCUCGCAGCCAUGCCGACCGCCACGACGCCGGCCAUGCCGCUGCCAGCGCAGCUGCGUGCCUUCUUCCCGGCGCUCGGCGCCGCCUUUGCGCGCGCCACGGGCAGCGGCGCCGUGGUGUGUCCUGCCUCGCGCGUCGUGCUCCUGCCCGAUGCUCCUGCGCCAGAGGCCGACGCCGGCGCAUCGGCACGCACACCCAUCGCAUGGCGGGUGCGCUGCGUGCCGGCGCUGGGCGAGAAGCAGCGGGCGCGCCAGCAGCGAGCUGCCCAGCAGGACGCGGCUCAACAGCAGCAGAAGCCGGCAGAGGAGCAGAAGGACGUCUUUGCACCGCCGUAUGACUCAGACCUCUUCGUGGCGGAGCUGCCGGAGCACACCGUGCUGCUCAACAAGUACGCUCUCUUGCCAUUGCACUUUCUGCUCGUCACGAAGGAGUUCGCGUCGCAGAAGCUGCCGCCGCCACCAGCCACGCUGGCGCUGGCCUAUGCUCUGCUGCAAGAGCACGCACGCUCGCCCGUCGGCGAGGGCCGUUCGGCCGACGCCGAGCUGAUGGCAUUCUACAACUGCGGCCCGCUGUCCGGCGCCAGCCAGCCGCACUGUCACGUGCAGUUCAUCGAGUGCUCGCUCGAGGCAGGGGAGACGGAGGAUGUAGUUGGGAAGCGCGGAGAAGGCAGAGUGCCCGUUGAGCGGCUGCUGCAUACUUGCAUUGAGCAGGAGGGACGCGAUGACUCCAUCUUCGCGCUGCCACUGCCGUACCAGCACUUUGUCGCUCUCCUGUCGCCUCCUGAAGGCGAGGCUUCUAGCGCUCGCGAAUCGUAUCUCAUGAGCAAGCUGCUCGGCCUGCUCGACGCGCUCUUCAAGGCCAAGCUGUCUGCCGUCGCUGGCGCCAGCGGCAGUGCAGCAGCGCCAGUCCGUUCAGGCCCGCCGUCCUUCAACCUGCUCAUGACAGCGCGAGCGCUGCAUCUGGUGCCGCGCACGCAAGAAGACUUUGAGCUGCCGCUCGCGAGCGGCGAGAAGACGGCGCUCUCCAUCAACUCGAUGGCAUACGCGGGCCACCUGCUCACGAAGUCAGAGGAGGAGCUGCAGGCACUGCAGGCGCUGUCGGGAGGCGUGCGCGCCGUGCUGCAGUCCGCAGGCGCCUCGGGUGUGCAGGACGUGACGAUGGGUGUGCAGGACGAGCCAGCUGUAGCAGCUUCUGGGACGAAGGAAUAGACAAAUAGAGAGCUCGC